AAUAAUCGCGGGAUUCCGAGAGGCGCGUACCCAAGGAGUUGCCCGAGCGGUCCAGCUAUUGACCCCAAAAAUCCAUAAAAUAAUCCACCACUUUUUCACAAUCAACGAACAGCCCCCGAGCAAUCAAUAAAACAAUAAAUUACCGAUUGAAAAAUAGUUGGCCAGACUGUAGACAAUGCAACACCGCAGGAACACGGCGUAUAUCGUUCCGGUUGGUCAGUAAAAAUUGUACAUCAAAGAGAGUUCGUGCCCCAAGUGUUUUUUUCAAUUCGGGGAUAAAUUAUCCAAAGACCAGAAGAUCAUCACAAUUUCGAUCCCCCGAUCGUCACACGUUGUCAAGUGAAAUUCAGUGAGUUGGAGGCGAAAAUCCGCGGGAAUUCGCGAGUUCGAGGGCCCCAAGUGCUCCGUCUCUGUCAGAUGUUCGAUAGAAUUCCCAGAGUGAAUUUAAUUCAACCAAAUCAUCGAUAAUCCUCGUAACAACACAAGUGACCCCGCGAGAAUACCGGAUACCCCUGAGAAAAUCAUUCACCACCUAAAAUCUACAUAAAUCACUGAAAAUCCAUUUCAUCAUGAAGAAGAGACUGAAGAGCUUCGAGAACCAGAGCAAUCGCUCUCGAGGCGACUAAAUAACCCCCACAAUAACCGCAAAAAAAUAUUUAAAAAAUCAGUGUCCCUUUCCAAAAAAUCGUCCUUCACCCCUCACCUCUCAACCCUCCCAUACAGGGAAAAUCCUCAAAAUUCCAACACAUGUCCACAAACCCUGGGCCCCCCUCCCCUCGGCAGAUGUCGCCAGUGGUGUUGCCGUAGUGUCGUGACCCCUGUCGUGCCCCGGACAAUUCAAAAAGUCUCGCCAUCCAUUUUGAAAGUAAAAAUACCCCGCCGCGACCCGGGCCCCAAUCCCCCAUUUUUUCCCCCACAUCCCACAAUCCCCAGACGAUUUAAUCCCACAAUGAUCUGACAAAUCAUUACAAUAAUUAGUAAUAAGUAAAUAUAUGGUGGAAAACAGUGGGGCUAAGUGAGUGUUAGUGUUGAGAGUUUAGAGUGAAUAAUCAUUGUGUCAAGUGGUGGGGGAUUAAACUGUAACGCGCGCGCGCUCUUGAACGGGCGGAAACAGCGUUGACUGUACUAUUUCCCCUCCCAGGAUUAGCAGAAAAUCCAUUGGUAUUUGUGUUGGUGAUUUGGUAUUUGUUGAAAUCGGUGUAACCAGACAUAUUGGUCUUGACACAGUGGGAGAAUCAGGGAGAGAAGCCAGUGUACGACGCCUCGGCUGUAACACCGAGACAACUGAACGUUCAACCGAACGUUGUGUGGUGGUACAUAUUAAAGUUGCCCCCCUCUCUUCGAAUCACCAAUACAAACCUCUCCUGGCCCCCCAUUUACAGAACGGCAUUUCGUUCUCACUCGUAUCGGCCCCUCAAACGUUAAACCGAAAGUGCGCGGAAGGGUAGUGCACACGCGGGGGGGCACACUCUUAACAUUUAAUAAAACAAUAGGUUUUUCCUUGUUUUUUAAAUUUAUUUAAGUGUGAAAUUGGUGUUGGGGAUAUUUUGUGGUGAGUUGUGGUUACUGUGCAUCGUGUCUGUGAAUUGAUGCCAGCCAGUGAGGGACGCCAUUUUGAUAUACGAGAUUUUGGGACGUCAAGUAACGCCGUGUGUUUUUGUUAAUGUUUUAUUGUGGAAUUGAUACGGGGAAUUUCAACGAUUGUUUUGGAUAUUUUUUGGCAGAGUUGGGAAUUUUUUGGACUGAGAGGGGUGAGUGGUGGGGGCAAUAAGAGUGCAACACCGAGAGCUUCACCCGAGAGAGGCACCAGUGGAUGAACACUCUGGUGGCAUUAUGAACGUGUUCUCUGGGUGUUAAUUAAUUUUCGAGUCAUUUAGAUUGAAUUUUUGAGGGUUUUUUUUCCGGGGAAUUGACUUCUCGGAUUUGAGUUUGUCGGAAUUUUUUGGAUUUUCAUUUUUUUGUUUUCGUGACUUUUAAGGGGAGAAGGGUUUUGGAGUGGGAGUGAGAGCUGUGAAAUCUUUUUUUGUUUAUCCUGGUUGGGAUUUCGAGGAUUGAUCUGGACGAUUUCAGGUGUGGAAUAGUGACAGGUGAUGUGUGCGAAUGGUUUUGGUGUUUUGAGGUGGAAGUAAAGGAUCCUGGGAAGACUUGUGGUAUUUUGAGGGGUUAAUCAUUGGUUCAUCGAUGUGUUUAUUGGACACCUGGUUUACGGUUAAACGAAGUAGAUGUGCACCCGUCAAAGGCGCCAAUGCGCGUCCACAAUUGUUACUCGUGGACGUUUAGUGGAUUGUAUUCUUGAAGAUAAAAAAUGGCGAAAAUCCUCAAUAAGGAUCCUGUUACGUACGAGAGGGAGCGAGAGAGCUUCCUCAAGGAAUUGCACCAUUUUCACGAAACUAGGGGCACGUCGUUCAAAAAAGCGCCGAAAAUCAGUGGCAACGAAAUAGAUCUGUAUCUUCUCUAUGUCCUGGUGACGGCGCAUGGUGGAUGGAUUAAGGUGAACACGAGGAACGAAUGGUCCCUUCUGUGCGAGCAGUUCUACCUUCCAGCCGGGUGUGUCAACAGCGGUGUAGGACUCAAGCAGAUUUACCUCAGGUAUCUCGAUAGGUACGAAAAGGUCCACUUCCUCGGUGAAGAUGGACACCAGGGGGAUGAUGAUGAUGAGGACUCGAGACAUAGAAAAUGGUCAGCUAGAUCAUUGCACUCGGUUCCCCUCACGUACAAUCAUCAUCAGCACAAUGUGGCAGAAUCUCUCCGAGAAUACAAUGGGCUCUCGUCAAAUCUCUACAAGCCAUCAAACUGCGAUAAGCUCGCUCUCUCUCUCCUAUCACCCCUACCAAACGAACAAGACUUUGCUAUAAACGUUUGCGCACUGCUCUCGAACGAGGGCAAGUUCACCCUGAGACUCGACAAGUCCCCGCGUUUGAUAAAUAUUCUCCUUGCACACGCUGGUGUAUUCGAUUCACCGGGCACCAGGCAACUCUUCAUCGAAGUAUACUCGCGCGUUCGCAAUUACUCAGUAAAUUCCUUCUGGUCGGACGUUCUUGAUUCACCAGAGGUACUAGAUCUCACGAAUGAGAAGACAUUCAUGAAGAAACCAAUUGCCGAUUUGAAUACAUUUUCGCGUAGAAAAUUCUUGGAGCGAGAGAAGGACAAGAAAUCAAAGAAAACGAGUGAUCAGAUUAAUCAGGAAACACCGAUGGAGGUGGAAGUGCAGGAGGAUGAUAGUCAGCGUCUGGAGACACCGUCGAUUAUAAUCGACGAUGACACAUUCACCGAUCAAAACCAAAACUCCAUUAAAUUCGAGGAAGAAGACAAGGAUUUAUUCUGCGUUGGUAGAACCCUCGGCACUCAAGAUCCUUAUGGCCAGCGUGUUCUGCAGAUUGCCUCGAUUUUUCGUGAACUGAGUUUUACACCUGAGAACGCUGCUGUACUGGGUAGAAAUCGUUGCUUUCUGCGCUUUGUUUUACUCUGUGUUAGAGCACGAUGGAGCAAUCUCCAUCAGCUUGGUUUCGAUAUACUCGGUAAUAUAGCUAACGAAAUGAUUCUCAAAGAGGCUGGUGAGAGACUAACUGACUGUGUAUUAACGUGUAUAGCUAAUGGUAUUACUUCAUCUGAUCGUUUUAUCGUGAUAUCGUGUUUAGAAGUGCUCAAUAAAAUCAGCCAACAGGAUAGUAACGAGGAAAUUGUAACGUAUGGAUUGAAAGAGAAUGUUUACGAAUUGAUAUGCAGAUUUUUGGCACUCAGCGAUAUUGCAUUGUUGGUUUAUACAUUGGAAUGUCUUUAUGCAUUGACAUCGCUGGGCGAGAGACCUUGUACGAGCAUCGCGCGGGUACGUGGAGCUAUUGAUACGUUGGUGGCUCUUAUUACUGUUGAAGCACAGAGUUAUGGACCAAAAGCUUGUAUACUUAUGAGAGUUGUUGAGACUGUUUCGACACUCUCUCUGCCAACCUCGAGCACUGGCGGGCAGACUACAACUGUCAGUAAUACUGUUAAUACAACAGUAAAUACAACUUCAGUUGCUACUGUUACAACAUCGACUGUUGCUGCUGUCCCCAUUACAACACCUUCUGUUGCUACUGCUGCAUCAACUGUUGUUGUUGUUGCUGCUGCUACUGCUGCACCUGCUACCAGUCCAGCGCCAUCGAGACCAUCAACACCUGCAACACCAUCGUCUGUUACGAGCAAGGCCAAUAGUAAGGCUAGUGUUGAAGCGGCUAAUUCGUUGCAACAGCAACAUGCACAUCAGCAGAUCAUUCAGGAGAAUGAACAGUUUGCCUUGGGAUGGCUGAGGAUUACUUUUGAACUCGCUACUGGAGGGAGGAUCGAGCAGGAGGAGUUGUAUAAGAAAUAUCUGGGGUGCUGCACCAAGAUUGGGAGGAGGGGAGUCAUUGCUCCAUUGCAUUUUCCAAGAUGUGUGAGAUCCGUGUUUGGGGGUACCGUCGGUCCAAAUCCGAUAAAAGGGGAAACCACUGGUACACAGUACUACGAGGGUAUACGCGUCCGUUCAACAACAACGAGUGUAACACUUCCGAGCCAAAAUACUGUGCUGAAUGCAACAUCAACGACAACAGUUAAUUCAACUCCAGUAAAGGUGCUUGCCGUACAACAGCGUACAGUCACACCCACAAGUCCAAAUCCCGAUAGCACAGGCCCUGAAUUAUCCCAAAAUUCUCAAUCAACACCAGCCUCAUCUAUACUAAAAGCCCACUUGUCAGCUCCACCAAAACCAACCACAAAUCUUCCACAAACCCAGAAUCCAGUCACCAAGGUUGACUCUAAAAGUCAGGUGUCAGUGGCGCACCCGCACUUGAGCCAGGCCCUCCUAGCAACUGGUUCACAAACCAAUCAGCAACAGCACCAACAAACAAAUCAGCAAAAUCAACAUAGCCCGAUGAUUAAAGAGGAGUCCCGCGCUGGUCCAACAGCGAGUUCAAUAAUAAAAAGCCUAUUGGCAACAAAGGUAACAGUCAGCGGUGACUGCAUGCCCAGUGCCGCUGUCACUUGUGUGUCUACCCCGAUUGCCUGCGUAACAAAUACUCCUGCUAGCAUCGCAUCCAGCAUCAGUGCCAAUCAGCUAACAACAAGCAACCAGGUUGCACAACGCCAGCAACAGCAAAGGCUACUGCAGCAGCAAUUGGCCAGUGGAGUACAGCCUGCUGCACCUGCUGCCACUCCAGCGAGUCCAGCCCCUGUUCUGAAAGCUCCAGUGAACUCCAAACAGAAGAAUGUGUCAAAUCCAACAGCUGGAAGAAAAAUCCAGAGGUUGAAUGGCGCCAAGAUUAUUGUUGCUAAUAACAUUGAAAAGACUGAAGUAAAUGACAAUGACUCCCACCCUGGAACCCCCACCACUUCCACAAUUCCAGUAUCAACGAUGACGGAGAAUCACAUAACAACAACAGUGAAAGUGAUAAGACCCUUGACUUCUUCAAAGCCGAAUCAACGAGCAAUAUCCCUCCCCCUAGCUGAGGAUUCCGACUCCACCAACAACUCUCUGGCCUCCUCCAGUGGAAUAGGAGGAAGCAGGGAUUGUUCAGGGGUCGGUGCAGAGGAAGAAAACUCCUUGACAAGCUUCGAGGGAAUUCUUCUGAACGGUGCACCUAGUAGUAUAGACAUCGACGCUCAGGAGGAUGGUUCCUCCAAAGAUUCAUCAGGCAUAAGUACGAAGGAGAAGCCACUGAUGCUGGCUGACCUCCUGGAACGAAAAAUCGAGAAGGAAGUGAUUGUGAAUGGAGUCCUUGGUAAAAAUUCGAUAAAUGAGAAGGGAAAGGACCUAGUGGAGAACCACAUCAAGAAGGUCCUGAAAGACUCUACCGAUGUUAAAAUCAAACAAGAACCCGAAGAGAACAAUUUAAUUCAACCAGAGGUAUCAGACAACGCUCUGAUAGAGCCGCCAAGAGGUAUGAAGAGGAUGUCAACAGACUCUGAUGAUCUCGAACUGAAAAAACCGAAAUAUUCGAAUGGCACAACGUCCCCUGAGCCCACAGACCCUACAGCCGAGUCCACAGUCUCCAGCAUAAAAUCAGAGAAAUCAGAGGACCAAGAGGACGAUAAAGACAGUGAGCAGGUAAAAGUCUCAUCGACAGCGGCGAAUUUAUAUGCUGCACUAGCAGCUGAUUGUAUAGAAGACGAGACAGAUUUGGAAGAGCCGGUAGUUGUCAAGGAGGAGCCAGUGGCCCCGCUGAUAAAGGAAGAGCCUCUGGCUAGAGCUUUCAUCAAUAAUCAAGUUGAAACGAUUCAGCCACAGCCCCAGCCUCAACAGUUAAUCGUCACAGCACCGAGACAGAUUGUCGUUCAACAGGCCAUUCAGAAUAAUCAAAUGAUAAUCCCAGGGGGACAAAUGAAGGCUCGAGCCAAUCCUUCUCAGCCACAGGUUCUUCUCCAGCAAUCUGCUGGUGGACAACUUCAGUAUGUUGUCUCGGGGGGUGUUCCAGGGCAGAAUUACGUGCUAGCACAGUCUCAGACAGCUCUGGUUCAAGGUCAAGCACAAACAGUACUGGUGGCACAAACAACCCAGCAACAAGGGACUGGUACCAAAACAAUUAUCAUUCUGCAAUCACAAUCAGCAGCUCAGCAGGCACCUCAGAAGAUGGUUGCUAUGACACCUCAGGGACAGCAGGUUGUGGUUACACAAGUGCCAAGACCUAUGAUUCAAAGUUCAAUUGGUGGUAUACCACCACCACUGGUCCCAUCAUCCACUGGUUUGCAACAGGCUUCGAUAAUUGUCAAUAGCUCUGUGGCACAAAGCAAUCAGGGAACUGUCACUGUCACCAUACCAACUGUGGCACAACAGUGUCCUAUUACGAGUAGUGUACCCUCGAGAGUUGUUACUCCAACUCCUGCAUCAACUCCACCACCAACCAGGCCAACCACUCCUCAUCAAGCUGCUGCCACUCACGGAGGUGUCAAAUCACAGAUGAAGGUUGUCAAAGCUUUCAGCACAUCCACCAGCACCUCCACCGAGCCUGAAAAUAAACCGUCAACCAGCACUCCAGUUAAUACUGAAACCAAGACAAUUACUAUAAAAAUCGAUCCUAAUGCUUAUUUGUGCGAGUGGAGGGGGUGUCUCAAGCAGUUUAAGACAGCACAUGAGGUUUAUCUUCAUGUUUGUGAGGCACAUUGUCCCACUGGGCCUGAGGAGAUUCUCUGCUUGUGGGCCAGUUGCGAUGGUCUCAAGAGGAGGCGGUUCUCUUUGAUGACGCAUUUGUAUGAUAGGCACUGCAAUGCUGACAGCAUGACCCAGAGGAGAAAACAACUCACUGCAGCUGGCAAGACGGAGAUGACCACCACAACUGCUUCGACCCAGCAUCCUGGGUAUGCACCCAAUGCUGCGUUCCAUGCCAUCAAGAGACAUGCUCUCGAAUUUGUCAAUCCGAAGGAGUUGAUGCAAAGGCCAACCAAGCCGGCUGCAACUAUCGCGAGCUCCUCUUCUCCCCGACUUGGGCAAAAUCCUCCACCGAAACAGGAUGACAAUGAGGGUCCUGUGACGAAAAGUAUUCGCCUGACGGCAGCUCUGAUUCUUAGAAACCUAGUCAUAUACUCUGCACAUGGAAGAAGGCACCUACGAACAUAUGAACCUCACCUAGCUAGCGUUGCUUUGAGUAACGUUGAGUCCUCACGGACAAUAGCACAAAUCCUUUACGAUCUGAAUGAUGGGAGCAACAGCAGCAGGUGACCUCUCGAGCCAGGCCUCUAACUGAUAAAGACGUACGAGGGCCUCAUCAAUUGAGGCAAGUCCCAUAAAUGACCCUUGGGUUAUCAUUGACGCAGCAAAUGUCAAAGUGAAAUGAGAGAAUUGGAGUAAUAAGAGCCACGGAGGAGAUGCAGCAAUGUUCCAUAACAAAUGAGGCCUACAAACUUACAUGGGCAGACAGAAACGAUUGCCAAUUUAGAUUGUAAUUUAAACAAUUAAAAUCACAAAACAAACAACAAACGAACUAAUUAAUUCUUAGUGUCCAAUGGAGAAAUUAAAUAUGAAUGAAAUAUUAACAAUACAUGAACAAUGGUUUAGUUAAUGGAUUGCCUGUGCGAUAAGGAAUGUCUUACAACAGUGAUAAUGAUAACAAAAAACGAGAGAUGAUUCAGAUUUAAUAUUAGUAUUUAUUUUCUCAAAAGGAAAACGAGGGGGAAACCAGGAUGGAGCAAUGCUUUUAGAAAAAGUGUACAAAAAAUAACGAUUGGUGGGACGGAGUUGAUGGAGAAAAAUUACGAAUGUUAUUACGAUUAUUAGUGUAACUUUGAUUAUUAUUAAUGAACAAUUUUUUUUCUUUACUUGUAGCUUGGCAGAACGAAGUGAUUGAUAUCAGAAAGUGUUUUUAUCGAAUGUUUUGUUGAAUUAAAUUUUUUUUUCUCAUUUUUUUUCGUCGUGGUAAUUCGAAGUGGAGGAAAAGUUACGAGGAAAAAAAAUAAUAAGUGAGGAAAAGCACACUCAUUGUUGAAUUUCAUAUCACUGCAGGAAUAAUUACCCAAAACUAGGUUUAAAUCAAGUCUCUUGACGUUUACGUCAAUACGAGAGGUGAAUGAGAAAUAAAUAAAAAAAAAUUGUAGAAUGGUUUAUGUUUCAGUUUCAGGAACAAUUCAGAACUCAUUGUUUUUAUAUUUACAAACGGAAGAAAAAUCGAAAUAAUUGAUAGUUGUUGUAUGAGAGUAAUUCAAUGUCCAUUGUAUUUCUCUUCUUUCUGAGAACUCGUUGAAAAAGAUAAACGAAUAAAUAAAAAAAUGUGUGCGAGGGCAAAUACUUGAGCAUUUUUCCCAAGUGGUAGAGCAAAUGUGGGAGUGCGUGCUAUCAUAUAUAUUUUUUUUCUAAAUCUCUCGUCAUUGUGAAAAAUCAUCGUUAAACUGAACAAUCCCAGAGUUGCGUCAUGAAAUGAUGGCAAAGGAAUUAAGAUACUGUAAUAAUAAUAUUCUCCUAUUGAAAAUAAAAAAGAAUGUUUAAACGAAGAGAAAUAAAUAUCGAAUGAGUGACAUGAGAAUCGAGAAAGUAGGUUGCAUUUACGUCAUUAUUUAUCACGAAAAUUCUCUGAUAAAUUUUUAAUUAAAUGAGAAAUCCCGAGACAGUGAUUUCACGAGAAACUCAAACUUAUAUUUGUAUAUAAAUUACAUUCACGUGUAUUUCAUCUAUCUAUUGACAUUCUUUCGUUAUGAGCAAAUGAUGAUUAAUUGAAUUAAAAAAAUGUUCGUGUCAAAUCAUCCCAAGGAAAAAAAUCCAAUUGUCGUGGAUAAUU